AUGGCCCUGCAUCUUCUUUGGCUGGGUCUCAUGCUGCAGGAGACCCUGCAGACCCAAGUCCAGAACUCCUCUUCCACUGUGCUUUCAAGGCCAUCUCUGAGCAUGGUCCCCUUGCAGCCAAACUUCCAGGAAGACCAGUUCCAGGGGAAGUGGUACGCUUUAGGUGUGGCAGAGAACACAGUUCAGAAUGGAAGCCAAAGAGAGUUUAAAAUGUUCAGUGACACCUAUGAGCUGAAGGAGGAUCACAGCUACAACCUAACCACCAGAUUGCUCAGAGAGCUACCAAGCAAGGGCCAGUUUUGUGACUACUGGACCAGAACUAUUGUCCCUGAUGUCCAUCCUGGCCAGUUUACCCUGGGCAAUAUUACACUUUAUGUCGGAACACAGAGCUACACCAUGAGAGUGGCCAUCACCAACUACAGCCAGGUAGCCAUCGUGUUCUCCGAGAAGAUAUUCAGAAAUACAGUAUACUUCAAGACCACCCUGUAUGGGAGAACCAAGCAGUUGAGCCCUAACAUGAAGAGUUACUUCAUCAGCUUUGCAAAGCAUCUGGGCUUCACUGAGGACAACAUUCUCUUCACUGCCCCCAAUGAUCAGUGCAUCGAUUAG